GAGAGUGUUUGUACAUAGCCGGCAUUCGAAACGGAGGCAUCUCUUUUAGCGUAGAACGUAGAGCGGCCACUUGAACUGAUUGGCUAUAAAAGCUUGUCAACGAUUAGUUGGCAGAAUCAGUCGGUCAGUUGGACAUAUACGAAGCGGAAGCGUAUAUACUAGUAAACAUAGCGCCACUAACCGUACAGAUUUCGUCAGUGAUCAAAGCACUGUAGUGUGAAAGUAUUUAAGUUUUUUUUUUUAUUUAUUUCGUUAACUUGUUUGUAAAUAAAUUGCAAGUAUGUCAAAGUACAACGACGCUGCGGCCAAUACAGAGCAUAACAUCACAGUAAGGAGUGCUUCACUCACACAGCCACUACAUCAAAGCGAACAACUUUCACCAAAAAUUUUGGAGGCCUACCGUGAGAUUGCCGUGCGCAAUGAGUUCGUUGACUUUGAAUUAUCUGUGCAGCCAAUUGGUGGUCUGGGUGAAAAUUCGUACGGCUCUGUGCUAAAAGUGCUGUUAACGCCAACGCGCAUCGGCUCCAACACAGCAGCGGCAGUAGUUCCGCUGCAUACUAUACUCAAAAUCGCGCCAACAAAUCCAGCUCGCCGCACACACAUGCGCGUCAAGGAUGCAUAUUCGCGCGAAGUUUUCAUAUAUGCUACGGUGUGCGAAUUUUAUGCGCUGGAUAUGACAAAUGGCGACGCGCAAUCUACACACUUUAGCGCCGUGCCGCAAAUGUUGCAUGCGUCACUGGAGGAUGGCGCAGAGUUUAUAAUAUUUGAGGACCUUAAUAAAACGGGCUUUGUUAUUAAUUCCCGUAAUAAUUUGCCUACAUAUGAUUUGGUGGUAUGCGCUUUUCGCGCCAUUGCGCAGCUGCAUGCUAUGUCUUUCGUGUUGCAAGCACGUAAGCCGCAGCGGUUUGCCGCGCUGGUAGCGCAAAUGGAUGACAAUCUCUUUACUGCGGAUAUGGAAGUUGUGUCGUUGGAGUUCGGUAAGAAAUAUGUGCGAAAAACUCGUCACAUGCUCGAGGCCGACUUGAAGGCGAGCGGCGAGGAUACAGCCGAAACGAGAGAGGCCCUACAGGCGUUGCUGAAAAUCGAGGAAAAUUUUCACGAAAUUUGUUUGGACGCAGUCAAUGGGGCAGCGCAUGCGCCUUAUUCGGUGAUUUGUCAUGGCGACUUCUGGAAUAACAACAUACUCUACGAAUUUGAUCACACCAAUCAACAAACCGCCGUCAAGGCCAAACUGAUCGACUUUCAAAUUUCGCGAUAUUCGCCGCCUGUUUUGGAUUUGGUGCACUACCUUUACGCCUGCACAGAGAAGUCGCUUCGAGAUGCCCACUUUCAUGAAUUUAUGCAAAUCUACUAUGACACUUUGGCACAGUUUAUACGCGACUACCAACUGGACCCAAUAGUAUUGUAUCCCGAAGCAGUAUUCAGACAGCAAUUGCGCCAAUUCGGUGCAUAUGGCUUUUGUAUGUCCGCUUUUUCAGUGCCGUUUUUUGUAUCGAACGCCAGUGAAUUACCCGAUUUGGAUGAAGUGUCUGAAGCGAUACAAGAACUAUCAUCAUCAUCGGAUACUUCGGAUGCGGAUGAAGUGCAAAAUGAAGCUGAAAGUCCGAGUAAGAGUAGCAAAAAUAACAGAACAAUAUCGCCUAAGAAUCAAAGCGCCGUAGAAUUAGUCGAUGAAUACGAUCUCUUGACGGAGCGUACCUUGCCAAUAUUCAAAACGCGUAUGAUUGGAAAUAUUUUGGAUUUGCAGAAAUAUGAAAUGAUUGAAGCCAUAUUCAAAUGCUAGUGAAAGGUGUAGAUUGAAGUGUAUGAAUUAGUAGUGAUGGUGGAUUUUAAGCAGCAAUAACUUGACACUCAAUUGGGUGAAAGAAGAAGUACGUGUAUACGACGAAGGACAAACCGCCAUCAACUUUAUUAGAAAUUCAUCAUAUCAGUCUUGGCGCGAGUUGCAUGUGAGAAAAUCAUUACCAUACAUUAUACAAAAAAAAAAAAACAAUUUUGGGAAUUUAUUCCCUUUUGCGUUUUGCUAGAUAUUAGCUAAGGGAAUGUGAGUAAUGGAAAAAGUGAUAAUUUGUUAAAUUUAACGUUUAUUCUAACAAAAAUAUUAGUUAAUAUUUUGUUUGUUGUUAAAAGAUUUAUAUUUAAUAUUGUUAUAUGCAUAUGUAGUUGGAUUGUAGUGAUACAGCGAUUUCAUAGAAGCUAACAAACAUACCUA